AUGUCCUCUUCUCUGAAAGGAAAACAAGCGUGGCUCUCCAGACAGGGGAAUCAACUCGAAGAAGCAAUUUCGCGAGUUGAAGAAUCCUGCAAGUCCGUCGAUACUCUUUCCCCCUCGCAGGCUAAGGCAAAAAUUCGAAAGGGGAUCAAAGAGUUGGAGCUCCGACAAACUGCUCUGGAAACGGCUCUCAACAGCUUCUCCUCCGCCGCAGAUGCUGCAAAUCUCGCAGAGGAAAAUCAAGAAAGAGUUCAAUCUAACAUCACUGCAGCUCAUGAUAUCAUCAUCCGAGCUCAGAAUCUCUCACUAGCACUGCACCUACAACUCGACGAACAGGAAUCAACCAAGGUCGUCGAAGCAGAAUCAAGCAAAGCCAUUACGGCAGAGAACUACGAUCUAGCGGUAAAUCUUCUACAAUGCCGCUACGGAAAUGAGGGAGCCAUCAUAGGACACCUCUUGACGGCACUCCAAUCCAUACGCCAACCAAGUCCGCGAUUGUCCGAUCAACGGCGAAUUUUGGAGAAAGUUACUCCCCUUGUCUCGCAGUUACGCCAGAAGGGAGAAUGCGUCGAUACUCAACAUAUGAAACGCACUAUUCUGGGGAAGUUCUCGGAAAAAAUUCAGCGUUCGGUGCUCAAACAGCUGAGACACCAAGGAUCGGAUUCUAAUGAACAGUCGUGGACCACUCAGCAACUCUUACGUUGCCUCCAGGAAUACUUCGACACUGAAGACAUGAUCCAGCACGCGAAGGGAUUUUCCGAUGAGAACCCCAGAAGAAAUCCCAACGCCGUGCAGCCGCAGAAAACCUCUUCUGCCAGCGUUCGCACUACUCCGCAAUCAAAUGUGGGGAAAUAUCUUUGCUUCUACUGCCAUCGUGCAGACCACAGACCUUCAGCAUGUACGAAGUUUUCUACGUAUGCUCAGCGAAUUAGCGAGAUUCACCGACAGAAUCUCUGCCAGAAUUGUGGCUCGUCCACUCAUCAAGCAACAUCUUGUCCAUGUGGACCAUGCCGCAGUUGCGGAAAGAAGGGACACCAUACAUCGAUUUGCCGGAUAUCUGCCCAGAAGGAAAGUGGACCAUCUCAACAACGACAAGAAGCAAAACAGAAGACUCAAUCUGCUCCGAAAACACCCAAAAAGUCUACUACGACUACCAGUGCUACCACAGUCAUAGCCCAGUCAUCGUCCUGUAAGCUCGGACAGGAUACAGUUCUGUGCAAACCAGCCUGUCAACCAUCUAACAGAGGAAAAGCUGACUUGCUUAUAGGACAAGCUAGGGUAUGGAAUACUCUAUCGUCAGAAUUCGAAGACGUGCACAUCAUUCUUGACACGGGAGCAGACCGGUCAUUCAUAACGACUUCCUAUGCAAAGCAGCUAGGCCUGACUACCACUGGAAUGCUUCAGUUGAAGAUCCACACGUUUGGCACCAACACUCCAAUAGAAAAAUCUUGUGCUGUCACGAGUAUCCAAAUUGAAGAUCGAGCAGGGAAACGGCACAACUUCUCAGUUGCAGUGGUCGACUAUAUUGCUGGAGAGAUACGCAGAAAUCCGCUGGACGAAGCUGACCGCAACUAUCUCUCUGAGCACAACAUCAAGCUGUCGAUUUCCGAUCGUGAUCAGGCAAUCUCUCCACAGAUACUUCUCGGAUGUGGUGAUCUGUUCGUUCUCUUGGAUCAAGGAUUUGGUCAUGCCCACGACCUUCCAUCAGGUCUCAAAGCCUUGCGUUCAAGAAUCGGCUAUCUUAUCACUGGCUGCAACCGAAAAAUGCAGGAAGAUUCGAUAGUCCAGCUACAUGCUCUAAAUACAAUGCAACAGAUGACGCUGAUUAUCGUACGCCAACUCGUUCCUCUUGAGCUAAUGGACACCCCAAGCCAGCCUUCAGAAGAUACCAUGACUGAACCUUCAGCACCAGCAGCAGAGGAACCCGAAAUCCAAGAAGAAGAACAGAGGUACAACCUGCGAAAGCGACCUCGAGUUAAUUACGAGCAGCUUCACCAUGGUAUGAUAUCGAAAACUCUUUUCCUCCUUGCUUUCGUCACCCUCCUAGCACCCGCUCUAUCAAAGCCGCUCGGAACAUCUACAAAGGCAGGAAUCAACACCACGGCGGACAGUAUCCGUUGUACAACGGAAGGUCUUUUUGUAACUAGUAAUACACUAUCACUGUAUGAACUCUGCGUUGAAGGAUACUGCAUCACACGUGAAAAUCCACCGCCAACAGAGACGAUUCACUUGUCGCCAGAAAUCACACUGCACCCAUACGCUGUCAAAUGGAAGAUAUCGAAAGGACAGCAACUCGACACGAGGGAAAUUGAGUGCCCAGCAAUACCCUUCUGCUCACAAGUGAAUUGCUGGUUUUGUACAGCCAACAUUCUCAAUCCUGAGUGCCAUCCUCAAACUGCGAUCAUAACCAUUGCUGUUGUGUUGUAUGGCAUUGUGGCGCUGAUAUAUACCAUAUGCUAUGUGCCAGUAGUAGUGGGAUUACCGAUCAGGGUUCUGCUCGUAAUAACACAACGAAUCUUCAGCAUGUGCUUCCUGGCAGCAUACACCUGCUUUUCGAAACUGCGGGUCAAGCUAACUCGAAGGGCACAACCAACAAAAUUCAUUGCUCUUCUGUUCAUUAUCUGUAUUGCACAUCUUGCUCAAUCAUGUCAAGACGUUGACGUGUUCGAGCUACGCGCAACUACCUGCAUACGAUCAGGAGACGGCAACAGAACUUGUGCAGUGGAUAUUACUCAAAUGCUCAAGAUGAAUACGUUUCAUCGAGAAACAUGCUUUCGACUUCUCACACGAGACACCCUUCUGAAAGAAAUACGACUGGAAUGGAAGCGUCUUCAGCUGAUAUGCGACAGACAAACAGUUAUGUUCACGAGGCAUGUUAUCCAGCAAGUGAUAGAUUCGAAGCGGUGUCCACGAACAGGAAGUUGUAAAGGCCGAAAGUGUGCAAGUGUCAACACAACAUCUCUGGUCCCGGAACUAUCCCAAGGAAACAAACCACGGAAGAACACUAUAAUACUCCAACCAACUAUUCCACAGAACGUAGGAACCAUGAGAAUCACCCUAUCUUCGGUAACCGUCACUCCUACUCCGGCACUACAAACGUGGUUUAUUACCGAAGGUAAUAAUACGGCACGAUGGACAGGAUCAAACAUCCCAACUUUGGAAUGCCCUUCCAAAAAAGCCGCGAAAGUGUUGGAUUGUGAGAUUCACACUAACUGUAGAUGCCAGCCCGCAGAGGAUAAAAUGAACUGUAUUUGCACUGAUACCAACAUCACCAAAGAUUUCAAUAGCGAACUUCGCAACCGACUGCCACUGCGAUACCCGUGGAUUGAGUUCGAGGAAUUCCAUCCCAAAGAGGAACUCAAUACAGUAAAGGCGAUACCUACUCGCUUGUCCACAGCUGAACUGCUUGUUACCAUCAGAGAAGAUUACGACUCCACAGUGAAAGAAGUGACAGAUACGGUAUGCUCAGUAGGCGACACUACCAUAACAGGAUGCUACCAGUGUCCACAUGGAGCACUCAGCGAAAUCGUGUGCUUCUCGCAAGGAGAGUCCACCAUGGCCUCUGUACACUGUGGAGAAAACACCUUCACAGUGUCAUGCAACAACACAGGAAUAACGUCCCUGCUACGCUUCCAGCUUUACCAGGCUCAGAUACACUUCCAGUGUGAAGUCUAUUGUGGUUCAACAAAGACACAAUUCGAAAUCACAGGACUCCUUCACUGGACUAAAACAGCCUACGCGACAGGAGAAAAGUUGCUCGCAGGUGAGACGAGCCUUUACGAGGAAUGGGCUCUUCCAGACGCUGAACACAUAUUCAGUGUUUUAAUAUCAUGGUACAAGUCAAUACUGAUAGUCACUAUCGUACUACUGCUCUGUAUCGCAGUUGGAUACCUCUUCGUUUGGAGCUGUGGAACGAAAACCCUCCAGUUUGCUGGCUACCUUGUCUGCAUAUCAAUCCGAAAUACAAUUAGAUUCGGAAUAACGUUAUUCAUUAAGACCAUAUGUUGCUUCAAUGCUGUCAAGGAAAGCAAUCAACGCUCUCUUCGGAAAGAGCUGUAA